CGCGCAUGCGCAGCGGCGGCAGCGGAGGCGGCGCGGCCAUGGCGUACCAGACCUUCCGGCAGGAGUACCUGCAGGUGCCGCCCGUGACAAGGGCCUACGCCACGGCCUGCGUGCUCACCACCGCCGCCGUGCAAUUAGAGCUAAUCACUCCCUUUCAGCUGUAUUUCAACCCCGAAUUAAUAUUUAAGCACUUUCAAGUGUGGCGGCUGAUCACCAACUACUUAUUCUUUGGACCAGUCGGGUUUAAUUUUUUAUUUAACAUGAUCUUUUUAUACCGCUACUGCCGCAUGCUGGAGGAGGGCUCCUUCCGAGGCCGCACCGCCGACUUUGUGUUCAUGUUCCUGUUCGGAGGGCUGCUAAUGACUCUCUUUGGCCUGUUUGUGAACCUUGUGUUCCUGGGCCAGGCCUUCACCAUCAUGCUGGUGUACAUCUGGAGCCGCAGGAACCCCUACGUCCGCAUGAACUUCUUUGGCCUUCUCAUCUUUCAAGCCCCGUUUCUGCCCUGGGUAUUGAUGGGCUUUUCACUGCUGCUGGGGAACUCCAUCAUUGUGGAUCUCCUGGGUAUUGCUGUUGGCCAUAUAUAUUUUUUCUUGGAGGAUGUCUUUCCCAAUCAGCCUGGUGGUGGAAGGCUACUGAGAACACCAUCUGUGCUCAAAGCAAUAUUUGACACCCCUGAUGAUGACCCCAACUACAAUCCCUUGCCAGAAGAGCGACCAGGAGGAUUUGCAUGGGGAGAAGGUCAGCGCCUGGGAGGUUAAUGACCGCCUGUGCCAAAGCCCAGCCACAGCUGGGAGGGACUGACCUGAAGGAAGCUCCAUCCUGGGGGCCCUCUGGUUCCCAAUCUCAGCAAGGACACUUUUGACAGCUCUCUGGUUUUGAAUCCAAGCACUUUAUGACAUGGCAAUCAAUCCAAGAUGCUUCUGAGCUGGCUACCAGUGGCUUGCCCAGUCAGGGCAUUUGUUGAGCUGGUAAUGACAAUACAGAUCCAGUGGAGCCAAAACCCUGCAGCUGGAAACCAUUUCCUGUCUACUUCAGUUAACAAGACCAUGAGCACUUGUUUAAAGUGAUCUCUAAAGCAGUUUUUUCCACGUUAUUUGAUACAGAAAACACCUGGGAAACUUUACCGGAAGAAGCCAAACUUUUGGGGUUUCAACUCCCUUUUUAUUCUUGGACAAAACAACGGCAGGAUGGUUGGAAGUGCAAGUCCCAAAUCUAAUGGUAAAUGGUUUUUUUCUCUUGAGAUGCUCUUGUCUCCAGUCUUGUGUGAAUGAUGAGAAAUGCAACUUUUCACCUUGCCAGUUCA